AGAUUGCGUUUCGACCGACAAUUAUUGGUGCUUAAAUUGUCCGUCCGCCCGUUUGUAUCGCGCAAAAAUGACGCCAAGCCUAGCUUCCGUGUGUGCUUUAUUUCGGUGUGCUUGACGACUAGGAAGAAUAGCGACGUGUCGAAUCGUGACCGUGACGUGAAAUGACGUGAAUGAGUUUUCAUCCAACUUCGUGUUCUACUGAAAUACAGUAUUUAAUUGCAACUGAGAUUUACGGCCCGAAAACACGGCUGGCUCCAGUGCCGAUACUUGUAUUACCACUACAGCAAGUCGCAGACGGGAAGAAAAGUUACAUUUCUAUGCUGGUAUAUUUUUCACAACUAUCUCGAGACAAGAAGAAGAACUUGGAUUUAAAAUUUGUGUACUUAUUACUUAUUUAAUCGUUGAAUGAGUUGUUGAUUUACGAAUGGGUUAAGCCGGAUGAAACCGCGAAUGGCGAAGAAAAUAAAUUAGAAGAGAACGUAUUUGCAAACCUCUGCUGCAAGACAGACAGAGUUGUUCCACACAUUGAAUGAAAAACAGGAUUGCGAAGGUGGUAGCUUUAGCGCAGAAAGAACGUCAGUCGAUUCUGUGAGAACUUGUUUGUGUAUGUGCAUUUAACAGCACCCAAAGUGUCGAAAUAAAUUGGAAAAUCAUGUACCGCGAAAGGCGCGACAAAGUAGUGUUCACUGUAUUUUUCGUGUAAAGUGUGCAAGUGAAAGGAAUUUCGCAGUCAAAAGUAAGAAAACUCCUCAAUUAACUGCUUAACCAAAACUGACGCUUCAAACCACGGUAGAUGGUUCGCUGUAAAUGCAAAUCAUUUUUCAAUCCGAACCGCACCAAGUAGACUAACAAACUAGAAUCUGAUACUGGUAAGGCAGUAAAAUAGUUCAGACUAUUUUACGGAAUACGGAUUUAAGGCAGCGCUAGAGGGUCUGAAUUGUUUCGAGAUACCCAAAGUAUAAUGAGAAGGAGUUGUCUGAAGAGCGCACGGAAGGACUUUUUCAAAUCGAUGUCCGAUCUGACCGAGCCGGGUAGCACAGUUGCUGCUAGCAUCGGUCCACCUACGCCCCCGACACGCGUCGGCCAGUCGCUGUUCAAUGUAAAUGCAUCGUCGACGGCGGCAGGCACCGUAACCGCGGGAGCGACUUCCACAAUGGCCGCAACCGCGCAGGAGCUCCUGAAUAGCACCAGCUCCAGCAGCAAAAGCUCAAAGGUAUCCUCCUCAUCAUCUAGUACCACCACAUCCCGAAUGGCCAAGACAUCCUCGACUCAGCGGCUGCAGCACAUGUCCUCCUCCCUUACAUCGUCGUCCUCCACAUCGUCGUCGUCGGCCACCUCCUCGUCGGCCGCUGCAGUCAAGCAGGGCCUUGGUGAAAUGCAAAAUUCGAUGGCCGAAAUGAAGAACAUGAUGGGCCAUUCGAGUGCUUCCCAGAUUUCCACAUCAUCGUCCAUGAUGUCAUCGUCAUCCUCAUCCAGCCAGAUGAAGAAGCUAGCCAUCACCAACAGUUCGUCCAAUUUGGGCGAAUUGCAAAAAAGACUCCGUUCCUCCAUGGACAGCCUGGAUGAUCCGAGCUCGGACUACCAGGUCACGCAUCCCGAUUCGGACGGAGAAAUGAACUCCAUGCUGACGAUGAAACCAACCGGAACCCUACAGAACGGUCACGUGAUGAACGGAACCGUCGACACGGUGAAGUUCGAACAGAAACAGAUGACGUCCGAAUCGAAGACCAAGGUCGUUACGGACGGUUUCAGCAGCGAACAAGCGACACUGAACUCUGCUCAAAUGAAAAAGCUCCACGCCGGCGAUGUACAAUACCAAGAGGAAGCCGCCCUGGCAGCAAUGAGCAAUAAAAUGGAAGUAGACGGACUGAAGACGGAGGAAAAGGGGGCUCUAUUAAAGGAAGCACGAUCUCUGAAGAUGGGCGACUUCCAGCAGGCCGAAGCUAACAAUAUAGCAGCACAUAGCGUCAAAGUGCAGAGCGAUCACUUCAGUGCGGAGAAGAAAGCCGUAGCACAAGCACAACAACGGCAGACAGUGUCAUCGACUGGAAUUUUCAAUCAGGAAAAGCACGUGUCAGCAGCUACCCAGUCCAAGUUCACGUCCCACAGUAUGGUAACAUCUUCUUCACAAAUGAGCACCCAUUCCACGUCGAUGAAUGGUACACUGAGUCUCGGUGACGAUUUUCCAUCGUUCGAAGAUCUGGAGCGACUUGGGAGCAACCCAGCCGAAAUUGAAAGCACCAUACACAAGUAUUCGAAUCACCUUACGACAUAUGUCGAGAAUCUGCAACAUUCGGAGCAAAUGAAGAAAGCUCCAAAUCUACUCAACACGAUGAAUGAGAUCAUACGACGUGCCUGGGCUGUACCAACUCAUGGUCAUGAAUUGGGAGCCAGCCUGUGCGAAACACUACGUAAAACGGGAGGCCUAGAUAUCCUGAUGAAAAACUGUGUCGACAGUGACUCAGAUGUUCAGUUUUCCUCAGCCCGGCUAUUGGAACAGUGCUUGACAACCGAAAACCGAUCGCACGUUGUGAAAAAUGGACUGGACAAAGUGGUUAAUGUAGCCUGUGUAUGUACGAGAAAUAAUGCCACUGAUCACUCACGGGUUGGGACUGGUAUUCUGGAACAUUUGUUUAAGCACAGUGAAGAUACUUGUUCGAAUGUGAUAAGGCUGGGUGGUUUAGAUGCUGUAUUGUUCGAGUGCAGAAAGAACGACGUAGAAACAUUGAGGCAUUGUGCUGGAGCACUAGCCAACUUGUCACUCUAUGGUGGGGCAGAGAACCAAGAAGCUAUGAUUAAUCGCAAGGUGCCGUCUUGGUUGUUCCCCCUAGCAUUUCAUCAUGAUGAAAACAUCAAGUACUAUGCCUGUCUUGCUAUCGUUGUACUGGUAGCAAACAAAGAAAUAGAAGCCGAAGUUAUCAAAUCUGGUACGCUAAACCUUGUGGAACCAUUUGUUACCUCUCACAAUCCGUCCGAAUUUGCCAAGUCCAAUCUGGCGCACGCUCAUGGUCAAAGUAAGCAUUGGCUGGAAAGACUUGUGCCGGUACUAAGCUCGAAACGGGAAGAAGCACGCAACCUUGCGGCUUUUCACUUCUGUAUGGAGGCAGGUAUUAAGAAAGAGCAAGGGAAUACAAACAUUUUCAAGGAGAUUGGAGCAAUUGAACCGCUGAUUCGGGUUGCUAGUUCGCCGAAUGCAAUCGCUUCUAAGUUCGCAGCCCAGGCUCUACGACUCAUUGGCGAAGAGGUUCCACACAAACUAUCUCAGCAAGUUCCACUGUGGAAUACGGAAGACGUACGAGAGUGGGUCAAGCAAAUCGGAUUCUCAGAAUAUGAGCAGCAUUUCUUUGAUUCCAAGGUGGAUGGUGACUUGCUGCUGCAACUGAACGAAGAAAACUUGCAGGUAGAUAUCGGAAUGACUAACGGAAUUCGGAGGAAACGCUUUGAGCGGGAGCUCCAAAACUUAAAGAGAAUGGCUGACUACAGUUCACGAGAUCCGGACAGUUUGCACUCGUUCCUAUACAAAAUAGCACCCGAGUAUACCAUCUACACUUACUCGAUGUUGAAUGCCGGCGUGGAUUUGGAAUCGAUUAAGAAUUUGGACGAUGACCAACUGGUGGCAGAAUGUGGCAUUCGGAAUUCCAUCCAUAGGGUACGCAUAUUGAAUGCAAUCAAGAGCAAUGAAACGAUUUCAUCCUUAACGUCGGAGAAGAAUACGGAGAAAAAUCUAGACGUUUUCGUAAGCUACCGAAGAAGCAACGGCUCGCAAUUAGCUAGCUUGCUAAAGGUUCAUCUUGAGUUGCGAGGAUUUUCUGUGUUUAUCGAUGUGGAGCGGUUGGAAGCGGGCAAAUUUGACAACAACCUACUGCAAAGCAUUCGUCAUGCGAAACACUUUUUGCUGGUUCUCACACAGGAUGCGCUGGAACGCUGCGUCGACGAUGUGGAGGGCAAGGACUGGGUACAUCGGGAAAUCGUUGCGGCACUUAACUCUGACUGCAAUAUUAUUCCCAUCAUUGACAACUUUCAGUGGCCGGAACCGGAACGUUUGCCGGAAGAUAUGCGGGGUGUGUGCCAUUUCAAUGGAGUUCGAUGGAUUCACGACUACCAGGAUGCGUGUGUGGACAAACUAGAAAGGUUCAUGCGCGCUGAAACCAACACCCGAGGAACUUCGGCGGAUCACUUUCGCUACCUGCUGAAUCGCCCGGCCGGUGAUUCAACGCCCACCACACCAAUCAUCUACCAGCGCAUGCACAGCAAUGAUUCCGGCAAGAGCAGCGACAAGGAUAACCGGAACUACGAAUGACUAGA